AUGUCGCUCUUCCCACGCGCUGGUGACUUCGCUCCUCUCUUCCGCCUCCUCGACGACUAUGACAUGCACCGGUCGACGCGCGGCAACACGUCGAUCCAGAACUGGGCGCCGCGCUUCGACGUACGCGAGGCCAAGGACGCCUACCUGCUGGACGGCGAGCUGCCCGGCGUGAACCAGAAGGACAUCGACAUCGAGUUCUCCGACCCGCAGACGCUGGUGAUCAAGGGCCGCAUCCAGCGCGAAUACACGUCGCCCGAAGGAGGCGAGCCGACGACCAAUCAAGUCCAAAAGGGUGGCCUGACUGAUAAGGACGGCCACCGAUUCUGGAUCCAGGAGCGCUCCGUCGGCGAAUUCCACCGCUCCUUCAACUUCCCCGCCCGCGUCGACCAGGACAAUGUCAAGGCGAGCCUGAGAAACGGUAUCCUGUCGGUGGCCGUGCCCAAGGCGGCGCCGCCAACCGGCCGGAAGAUCGCGAUCGAGAAUGUCGCUUAA